CUUUUUCUUCCCCUCGUCCCAUUGCUGCAGACUCCGCUGCUGUCCCUUUCCUGUGUGCUCAAUCCCUAUCGCACCACUAUCGCUCUUUUCUCCAGCUAUAGAGGCUUCAUUAAUCGCAAUCGCAACUGCAACCUCUGUUAGCGCUCAGCCACACCGCCAUAAUGCACCGAACAUACUCUAUGCGCCAGUCCCGCGCGCCCACGGCCUCGCAGCUUCAGAGUCCGCCGCCACCCCCAUCGUCCACCAAGUCUGGCCGUUUCUUUGGCAAGGGAAGCCUAGGCCAUGCUCUCCGCGGCCGAGCCGGUGGCGCCUUUGGGCCAGAUCUGGCCAAGAAGUUAUCCCAGCUCGUGAAGAUGGAGAAGAACGUCAUGCGAAGCCUGGAGCUCGUCGCCAGGGAGCGCAUGGAAGUAGCCCAACAAUUGUCCCUUUGGGGUGAGGCUACCGACGAGGAUGUCUCUGACGUCACUGACAAGAUGGGCGUUCUGCUCUACGAAAUCGGCGAACUGGAAGAUCAAUACGUCGACCGAUACGACCAAUAUCGCAUUACCAUGAAGAGCAUUCGUAACAUUGAAGCAUCUGUCCAGCCUAGCCGAGACCGCAAACAAAAAAUCACCGACCAGAUCGCCCAGCUAAAGUACAAGGAACCAAACUCUCCCAAGAUUGUGGUACUAGAACAGGAGCUAGUCCGCGCCGAGGCCGAAUCGCUCGUGGCAGAGGCCCAGCUCUCCAAUAUCACUCGCGAAAAGGUCAAGGCUGCUUAUUCUUACCAGUUCGAUGCCCUCCGUGAACACUGCGAGAAGGUUGCCAUUAUCGCCGGCUACGGCAAACAUCUCCUCGAGCUGAUUGACGACACUCCCGUGACCCCUGGCGAAACCCGAGCCGCGUAUGACGGCUAUGAAGCUAGCAAGGCCAUCAUCCAGGACUGCGAAGAUUCCCUCACCAACUGGGUCACCGCCAACGCCGCCGUGAGCUCUAAGCUCUCUACCCGAUCGCGAACUCUAUCCCAGCGACGCCGUAAUACUAUCCAAGCCAGGGAAGAGGGCCACGACUUAUCUCACCAGGAUGUACCGCUGCACGACAACCAAUCAUGGGAAGCGCGAGGUGAAGAAGCUGAGAGUGAAGCAGAAGAGGAGGAGGAGGAGUUGGAGGAGCCUCACCACUCUGUUUUAGGCAGCGACGUUGGUAUGAAUGGUGAGACACGAGGCCGAUCCCAAGAAGUUCUCGCGGCUUAAGACGCCCGGCAACAUAUUAUACGACAAAGAGAAGAAAAACUAAAGAAAAACAAAAGUUAGGGGCAGGUGAAUAAGAUCCUCGGGCUUGGAGAGCAGGGGCUAAUACCAAUAAUGUCGUCGAUUUGAAUACCGCUCACCUGGCGGAGGAGUUUUGGACAAGGCUGGGUUGACUGCUUGGCUGGGUAAAUUUGCUUUGAUUCUCCAUAGGAUAGCUCUUUGGCGUGUGGCUAUUCACUAAUACCUUGCUGUGAGUUACAAAAUGUUUAUCUGGAUGAGAAUAACUCCUUAAAUAUACACGUCUCUGUACCCAGCUCUGGGUGAUCCUUGCAUCCUCCUCUAAAGUAGAUGUCAACCGUUCAAACGCCGUCCCAUAAUUGCAGUGAAAAUUAAAAGCGCCGUCCCAUAGCCUCUGUAAAACGUAUUGAUACAACAUUCCGUUUGUAAAUAAUGCCAAUUAGGAUUUCAUUUGGCUCAAAAAUUGCUCCACUUCCAUCUUCACAAUGUACUGCCCGGGAACGACGAUCAGGCCGAGGUAUCGAGACGUCAUGUCCAAGGACACCGAGUCGCCAGAAGUGUUUGCCGCAGCGGCGCUGGCUUCUUCUUUCGAAGGUUGUCGGUAUUCGUGUGUAUUACCCAAAACGAGGUUCAUAUCCGGGUCUGUGCAUUUGAAGGUGCCCCGGAACAUGCGGCCGUCGGUGGUGUGAAUGCGCAGGUUCUGAUUUAGGAGGGAUGAAAUAUAAUCGUGAGCCUCAUCUUUGUCCAUUGCGAGGACUGGCCUUGGCCUGGAGUA